GCCGCCGGAGCCGCCGGAGCCGCCGGAGCCGCCGCCCGGAUGGAGCCCAACAGCCCCCGCAGGAUCCAAUUCACGGUGCCGCUGCUGGAGCCGCACCUCGACCCCGAGGCGGCCGAGCAGAUCCGGAGGCGCCGACCGACUCCGGCCAACCUGGUCCUGAGCAGCGACCAGUCGUCCCCAGAGAUCGAUGAGGAUCGCCUGCCCCACACCCUGCUCAAGUCGGGCUUGGCCGUGUCGCCCCGGCAGAGGAAGAAGGUCUCUCGCACCACCCCGACCAUGAAAGAGCUGCAGAUGAUGGUGGAGCAUCACCUGUGCAAGCAGACGCAGGGCGAGGACGACGACGAAGCCACCGGUGGCCACGAACACGGUGGCCUUGGCCACUGUCCUCACCACGGGGACCCCCAGCAUAGCCACGGCCCCGGGGCCACUUGCCCGCUGGCCACGCACGAGGGUGGCCCUGGUCCUGGGGACGGGACCCCCGGUGGCACCCACAGAGCACCAGGGGACAGCGCUGGCGGAGGGGCUGCCCCCCACCAGUAGAGGCCCCAGCGCUGGAUUUUUUUAGGAUUCCAUCGUUUUCUACAAUUUUGGGGCUCUCGGGGAGGGCUCAGGACCCCCCAGCACUGGGGACACUGGGAACACUGGGCUGUGCCCCCCUAUCACCCCUGGGAGACCAGGAGCGGCGCCCCCCCCCCCUUUGCACACGCGUGUGCACUGGCACAUGGGGAGGGAUUCACAUGACCACGGCACACGCGUGUGAGAUCCCCCCCGGGUUGGUGCUCGCACGCACACGCGUGUAUUGGUCCUGCAUGAGUUGGUGUUUGCACGCACACGCGUGUCUACUUACAUGUGGGUUGGUGUUAGCACACAUGUGUGUGCGAUCACAUGCAGGGAGGGGUGCAUGCUCACACACGCGCGCCUGCUCGCACACACACGUUUGUUGUUCGCACAUACACGUGCAAUCACACCCGUGUGCCUGCUCACACGCGUAUGUUGGUGUUUGCACACACACACGUAUGUGCAAGCACACGGGUUGGUUUACACGCUUACACGCGGGGGGGGAUGCAGGUGGGUUGGGGGUUCCCCGCACACGCAUGUGCACACCCGGGGGGGGUCACUCCCUUUGCACACGUGAUUCGCACACACCCAUUGCACACGCAG